AUGUCAAGUAAUAUGAAUCCAUUAUUGGAAGAUCCAUCAAUUGUUAUAAUUGCCGAUAAUGAUUCAACAACAAAAUCAAUAUCUCAACAACCAACAACCAACACUACUACUACCACCACAAGAACUUCAUCUGUUCAUAGUUUGGAUCCAAGUAAUGCCUUAUCAAAAUUAUUAGAUUCGGCAAUUGCUCAUGCAGCAAAAGAAUCAACUCCAGAAGUAAAUGAAUUUGAAUUUGAUCAACAAAAAUCUAAUAGUAAUAAUGAGGAUGAUGAUGAAUUAUUUAUUAAUUCAAUCCCACCUUCAAAACAAGGAAACAAUAAAAUUUAUACUAUCAAAUAUUUAUUAUCUACCCGUAAUGAAAUUGAACCAAUUGAUGUUAAUGAUAAAUUACCAGAUAAAUCAUUUUGGAGAUUAGGAAAACCUCGAUCUAAUAAUGAUGGUGGUAAUGCAAGUGGUGGAUACAAAAAGAAGGGUAGACGAGGUGCUAAUUAUAAUGAAACUUGGGAAAGGAAAAAUAGUACUGGGAGUGGUAACUCAGGACGUGAUCGUCAUGGUGGUGGUGGUGGUGGUAAUGACAGACAUUUAGGAUUUAAUAAAUCUUUUGAAUUGGAUCAAUUAUCAAAUGAUAAGAUAUCACAAUUAUUAGGUGAACAAGAAAAUGAAUUCGAUACUCCUGAAUGGGAUGAUGUUGAAUCGUCAAACAAAAACAAUAGUAAAGAAAAUAGUAGUAGUGGUUUGAUGAAUAUGGGUCAAACAGUUGAAGAUUUUGAAAAAUGGAAAUAUCAAAUGAAAUUACAAGCACGAAGAAAAAAUGGUGAAGUUAUUGAUGAAGAAAAUGAAGAACUAAAUACUGAUACUAAUGCUGCUGCUGUUCAUGCUGGUAAUGAAGUUGAUAAUUUUUUUUCAUUUGUUACUCAAGAUCAAGUUAAUGAUAACAUUGAUAAUGGAAGAAUUAAUGAUAAUGAAAAUAAUUCUAAACCAAAUAAUGAUCAAUCUAAUAAUGAUAAUGAUAAACCUCAUCGAUCAUCAAGAUUUUCAUCAUUUUUCCAUCAACCAAAAGAAAGUUCUAGUCCAGCUACAACAAGUGUUCAAACUCAAUCAAAUAAUGGUCAACCUACACCAAAUGGUACACAACCACCACCACCUCCUCCUCCACCUGGAUUUUCGAAAUUUUUUGGAGGUCAACCACAGCCAUUAUCACAACUGGGUCCUUCAUCUACAUCAACACAAACUCAAGAGCUAGUACAAGGUCAACAAUUUUUCCCACCUCAUCAACAACCAACACAACCACCUCAUGUUUUACAAAGACAAGGUUCAUCUGUUUCAUCACAAGGUUCAAUUACAGGUCCACCACCACCACCACCACCAACACAACCAACACAGCCAACACAGCCACCAGUGACAGCAGCAUCAAAUGACAAUUUUUUCAUGUCAUUACUUAGCAAGAAAGAAUCAACAAAUAGUACUUCAAAUUCUGUUGCAUCUACCCCUGGUGCCAAUCUCAAUAUUUCUAAUUUGCCAAGUACACCAGGGAAACAACAAAACCAACCUUCUCAAUCUGAUAGCAACGACGGAGUUGCUUCAAGAAAAGAACCACAAGCAUUACAAGGUGUUCCUCAAGGUCUACCACCACCAUCACAGCAACAACAACAAUUUCAACAACCAAUGUAUUCACAAUUCCCUCCCCAACAAAUACCACCAAAUCAGAUACCACCUUGGAUGAGAGCUGGUCCACUUUCAGGUCCAUUACCACCUCAUCUACAAGGGAAAGGAUUCCCUCCACCGCCACCACCAGGAUUUAUCAACAAACAAUUGCCACAUAACCAGAACCAAAGUCCAGGCCAAAACCAAAAUACAAAUCAAAAUCUAGAUCAGCAACAACAAAGACUUCCUCCUCCAGGAAUGUUCCCACCUGGAUAUAUGCCUGGUCCACCAACGGGGUCUAAUUUCAUGCCACCACCACCUUCUCAGCAGCAACAACAACAACAACAACAGCAACAACAGCAAUUUAUUAAUAAUCCUAAUGCUAGAUUUGUUCCACCACCUCCAUUUAUGGGUAUGCAAUUACCGCCACAUUUAGCAAGACCAGAAGCUGUUCAAAACCAACAGCAACAGCAACAAAGGCCCCAAUCUCAAUCUCAACAAGGUGGACAACCACAGUCACAAUAA